GCCGGGCGGCCUCCUCCCCCGGCCGGCCGUGGCAGCCCAGCCGCUCGCAGUCCCGCCGUCCAGAGCCCCAGCGAUGCCUCCCUCGGGCCUGGCGCUCGCGGACAGCCGGGCACUCCCGGCCUUCUUGCUGUGCAGCACGCUGCUGGUGAUCAAGAUGUACGUGGUGGCCGUGAUCACCGGCCAAGUGAGGCUGCGGAAGAAGGCUUUCGCCAACCCUGAGGAUGCCCUGAGACAUGGUGGCCUCCAGUUCUGCCGAAGCAACCCGGACGUGGAGCGGUGUCUCAGGCAAGCAACCCCAGGCCUGGGCCAGGAUCUGGCACAGAUCUGGCUGGGCCUGUCCUGCGGGUCUCCUAAACCGGGGACACAGAGGGUCCCCAGCAGGGCCCACCGGAACGACAUGGAGACCAUCUACCCGUUCCUCUUCCUGGGCCUGGUCUACUGCUUCCUGGGCCCCAGCCCAGCGGCGGCCUGGGGGCACUUCCUGCCCUUCCUCCUGGGCCGCCUGCUGCACACAGUGGCCUACCUGGGCCAGCUGCGUGCGCCCGUCCGCUCCCUGGCCUACACCGUGGCCCAGCUGCCCUGCGCCUCCAUGGCCCUGCAGAUCCUGUGGGAAGCAGCCCGGCACCUGUGACCCGCGUGGCCAGCACGGCGCCCGGCACCCUCUGGGCCCAGCGGGCUGUGUGUGUGUUUCUUGGAUUCCUGGAUGAAGUGGCCCAUUGUCAAGACUGAUAGAAAGCCAGGCGUGGUGGUGCACACCUUAAUCCCAGCACUCAGGAGGCUGAAGCAGGAGGAUCAUCAUGAGUUCCAGCCCAGCCUGGGGUACAUAGUAAGCUGAAGACCAGCCUGGACUAUGUAAGGAGACCCUGUGUCCGAAAAAGAGAAAACAAAAAGCUGAUAAAAAAAUCUUUCCACUGAAACAACAGAGUAUCAAAAUCACAUUUUCUCUCCCUCCCCAGUUAGAAGAGGCGGGAGAGUCUCCACUCAGGACCCCAAACCCAACCCAGGGCUGCACCCACCCUUCUCAGACCACCGGGCCUGCCCCCAGUGCAGUAAGGGAAGGCUCCCACAGAGCCUCAGCCUGGCCCCACCAGGCCCCCGUGAUUCCCCCUUGCUAGGUCCAGCCCCGGCUCCUUGGGGUGGGGCUCUUCUCCCCGGGCUCCGGGCUGCAGGUGCGGGCUGGGUGUUGUCAGCAACCCCGGAGCUGCUGCCAGUGUCCCACCCAUGGAGAACCCCGAGUGAGCGGCAGAGCUUGCUCCCUAACUGGGUGCCAGGUGCCACAGCAACCCUCUGCUGGGGCCCAGCACCUACCUCCUGCCAGGGCCUGGUAAGAUGCUGUUUGGCUGGGGACCCAGGACUGCCUCAGGCUGGCCUUGAAUUCUGGGGAUUCUCCUGCCUCAGCCUCCUCAGUGCUGGGAUGACAGGUGUGUGCCACCACACCUGGCAACAGCUCUGCUUUCACGCUGAGGCCACUAGAGCUCCAGGAAGUGAGUGCUUAAAGUGUGGGCAACUUGCACCCAGGACUUCUGGGCUCCUGAGCCCAGAUUCAGAGCCACGAGCCCACAGUCCAUUUGUGACCACCCUGCAGGGCCCCUGUCAGAUGGGAGCCACCUUGUGGGGGACCACAGGGCCAAGGGGUACUUGUCAGGGAACGCAGGCCUCACUAGGUGGGCCAGCUGGGCCAGGCAUGGUGGUGCACAGCUGCAAUCCCAGCUACUCUGGAGGCUGAGGCAGGAGGAUGGCAAAUUUAAGCUCAGCCUUGGGAAUUUAGCAAGAUCCAGUCUCUAAACAAAAGGUUGGGGGGGCCCGGGAUUUAGCUCAGUGGUUCUGCUGCCUGCCUCCAAAGCGCAAGGAACCGAGUUCAAUCCCGGGUACCAAAAGAGAAAAAAAAAAGGUUAGGGAUGUACUUUAAUGGAAAGGCCUAGGUUCCAACCCCACUACUGCUGAGAAAAAAGAGAGCGCUAGCUUAGCUGGCCUGGGGCCCAGCAGCGGGGAGGAAAUGACAAUCUCGGGCCCCCCCAGUUUCCAGGGCCUGGGCUCUGGGCGUGGGCAACACUGCCCCCUGGUGGCGACACGAUGGCAGUCGGCCAGCAGCCUCCUGCCCUGGAGCUCCAGCGGGGCAGGGGUCAGCGGUGAAGGGACAACAGCCCCCAGGGCCCGGAGGUGUCUGGCUGGUGAGGGCGUGGCAUGGAUGGCCUCUCAGUGAUGAGAGCCCCGUGGCCAUCCUGAGCCCCAAGUGCGGGGCCUCAGCACCCUGUUUCCCCUUCCCGCCUCCUUGCCUCGUCUGAAGCCCACAGCCUCUCCAACUCCACCCCACGUGGCCAGCCCUGGGCCGCCGCUUCCUCCUGACCCUGCCGGAAGUGCGGGCCUGGGCACCGGAAGUGCGGGCCUCGGCUGCUGUGUACCAGGCUGCGGGCACCAAGCUGGAGCCAGUGGGGGCUGUUGGGGACAUUGAGGGCCCAGGGUGACCUGGGGUUUCCACAGACCCAAGGAUCAGGGUGGGCUGCAACCGGGGGCCUCUGGCAACCUGUGCCGAUCAGACCUAAGGUCACCGGACCCUCAUGCCCUCCCCAGGGCACCCACCUUAGCCGGAGCCACCCAGUGUCACCUGGCCGAUGGGCGUCUCAGCUCAGCCUCUGAGAGCACCCCGAGUGUGGGGUUUGGGGUGGGGGCAGAGGGCUGUGAGGCUCACAGGACUGAGUUGUCCCUGGGCCUCUUCGACCCGGGAGCCCCUGCUGUCCAGGACCGGCCUCCCCAUUGCUGUCAGGCUGGGCCUCAGGUGGCACAAAGGGGCGUCCUGUUGGCUCUGGUGAGAACCAGGCAGGUCGCUGGAUCAGAGCCAGAACUGUGGCUUCAGUCGAAAAUCUUGUUUUUUUGAGACAGGGUCUCAUUAUGCAGCCCAGGCUGGCCUUGGACUCACAGUGAUCCUCCUGCCUCAGCCUCCUGAGUGCUAGGAUGACAGGGGUGGGCCACCAGGGCCAGUGGUUUUGUUACUUAAUUGAGAUAGGAUUCUGGGACAAAAACCAUCAUGGGCCGCUUCUCAGCACCGAGGGGACGAGGGUGCCACAGACGUGGGUGACAGCUCAGCAGUGACAGCUCAGAUGAGCUCUUCCCUCCGGGCCCAAGUUUCUCCUUUCCCGCUUUGCCCCAGGGUGGACAUCGGGUUUUAACAGCACCUGGCACCCACCACCCCGUCUGCCCUCCAGGUUUGGUUAGCCAGCUCUUGCAGUGGGUAAUUUCCCAGGUUGCAUUGCUCACAGACCUCUCUACCCACCAAUCCCUGUGCGCAUCCGUUUAAGGUGACUUCCGUUUCCUUAAAGUAAAAUUAUUGGUUCAAAAGGCAUGGCUUUUUCCUCUCUUUUUGGUACUGGGGAUUGCUCCAGGGCUUUCAAAUUGUUGCCAAAUCACUAAAUUUCUAGGCGGGGCUUGAACUUUCCA